UUUUGUAUCACACUACACAGGUGUAAAAGUUAACUUAUUUUAAAAAGUUUUGAAAAUAAAUUAAUAAAAUAAAAAUGCGAAAACAAAGAAAAAACUAUUCUCGCAACAAAGGCAAAAAGCCAAACUACAAUGCAAAUAAAACAAAUUCCAAAAGCAACAAAACUUCGAUCAACAAACGGAGUAAAAACUUUCGUUUCAUACAACGGAGCAAAGAAGCUGAAGAACAACAGAGGCAGCACAAAAUCAUCGAGGAUAAAUAUAAAAAACAAACAUUAGGGUCGGUGGAAACUGAUGAUGAUGACGAUACUAAUGCAAAUGAUGUAGAGGAGGAAAACGUAUACGAAGCUUUACUAUCUACUCUUAACAAAAAUGGAAAAAAGAACAAGCAUAUUGAAAGCUCAUCCGAUGAAGAUGAAAACACAUCAAACGAGGAGGAUGGAAAUGAUGAAAUGGAGGAUGAAGAACUAACAGAAGGAGAACCCGUUGGCACUGACUAUGAGACGGAUAGUUAUGACGAAGCGGAAGAAGAAAUUGCUCAAGAAAAGGAAUCGAAUGAUGAUGACGAAGAAGUAGAAUUAGAUGAAUUCGAAGAGGAAGAAGAAGAACUAGAAGAAGAAGAAGAAUUAGAAGAGGAAGAAGAACUAGAACAAGAAGAAGAUGAAGAAGUAAAAGAUACAAAAAAGGAAGCAGACGAUGAAAAUUCAAGCCGCAACUUAGACGAACAAAGUUCUGUUGAUCCUUUCUCGGAACAUUUCGACUAUGAAUUAUCACCACAACAUGUAGAAAAUCUUUUAGCAAAACCAAGUCCAGUUAAUAAAUCAGAAUUAAACUGGCCAAAAUUAGGUAGAUUACUUGUUGAAAUAUCCCAAUCGGGAAGGGAAAAAAUUGAUGAGACUCCUCAUAAAAAGAAAAAAAUUCUUCUCGACGAUGAGCAAUUUGCAAGCGAAGGUUGCGAGCCGCAAAUAUUGUCUCUUAAUGAACCUAAUUUAGAAAAAUAUGGAAUCAAACAGCAACUAUGUAAAAAUAUAGCAAAGGCGAACAGCAUAAAUAUUGGAACAGACUCUGGUAGGGUUCUCACAAAAAUGCAAAUCGAAAUUCUAUCGAUUAUUUCAAAGUAUCAAGACUUGUCGCUGCCACUUCGAACACUAGAAAAUGCAGAAGAAAUCCGCUUUAUAUUUUCCCUUCACUCACUGAAUCAUAUGCUAAAAACUCGUACAAAAAUAUUACAUCACAAUGCUAAAUUAAAAAUGGCAGCAGAAAAUAAAAAGUCAACAACAAUAAUACCGGAUUCAUAUCAAGAUCAAGGAUUAGUAAGGCCUAAAGUUUUAAUAAUUGUGCCUUUUCGGGAUUCAGCUUAUAGAGUGGUUAAUCAUUAUAUAGAACUACUGUACGGUGAUAAAUCAGAGAAAGCAAAAACCGAUGGAACUGUUAUUAACUAUAAGCGAUUUAUGGAAGAAUACACAGGAGACACACUUUAUUUCCCAAAAACAAACCCCAAACCUGAAGACUACGAAAAGACAUUCGCUGGCAACACAGAUGAUAAUUUCAAAAUAGGAAUUUCUCUAACAAAGAAAUGCAUCAAGCUCUAUACCGAAUUUUAUUCGUCUGACAUACUGAUUGCCUCACCAUUAGGAUUAAGGAUGGUUGUGGGAGCAGCUGGGGAUGCGGAACGUGACUAUGAUUUCCUAACAUCAAUUGAAGUGCUUGUUCUUGAUCAAGCCGAAUUAUUUUUAGCCCAAAAUUGGGAACAUUUAUCCCAUGUUCUCGAUCAUAUGCAUCUUCAACCGCAAUCAACACGAAACACAGACUUUUCCCGAGUUCGACCGUGGUGUUUAAACGGUUUGAGUAGAUUUUACAGACAAACACUCUUGUGUACCUCUCACGAACUGCCCGAGUUCCGUUCGUUAUUUAGUAGCAAAUGCAACAACUAUCGUGGAAAAGUACGAGUUGUCAAUCCAAUAGAAGAUGGUUCAAUUCGAAAUGUAUUCGUUCAAAUACCGCAGGUAUUUCACAAAAUAGAUGUAGAAUCAAUUGAGAGUUCGUUUGAUAAACGUUUUAAAUAUUUUGUCAAUGAAAUUUUACCGAAAUUCAAAGGUCCAUCAUUUGCCCAUUGCAUGAUCUAUGUCCCAAGUUACUUCGACUACGUUCGACUGAGGAAUUAUUUCAAAACAGAAACACUAAAUUUCGUGCAGAUCUGCGAGUAUACCAAAGAUGCAAAAAUUGCAAGAGCACGUGACAUGUUCUUCCACAGUGCUGCUCAUUUUCUACUCUACUCAGAACGAGCUCACUUUUUUAGACGGACGCGAAUAAAAGGGAUUCGUCAUUUAAUUUUUUACCAACCUCCAUGUUGGCCGCAUUUAUAUCCCGAGUUGAUCAAUCUGCUGCAAGAGAGCUAUCAGAAUCCUCGUGAUGGACUUGAAAAUUCAAUGAGUGUAACGGUUUUGUAUUCUAAAUACGACAUAUUACAAGUAUCCAAUCUAAUUGGUUCGGAAAGAGCAGGUAAAUUAUUGCGGUCUAACAAAAUAACUCAUGUCUUCCAGGCUGGUGAUUAGUUAUAAAUUAUUUAAGAAGUACAUUUUUUACUAAAUUUAAAAGUUAUAUAAUAUAUUAUGUACGGAAUAAACCAUGUCGGCUUAUAGUGUAUAUUAUUUUUAUUAAUUUUAUUUUAAUAAAAAAUGUUGCAA